AUGGCCUCGCUCUCAACACUCGACAAGGGGAAGCAGAAGGAGAUCAUCGAACAUGAAGAAGUAGCAGACUCUGACUCGGAGGUCUCGUCGGUGUCUUCUGUAUCAACAGACAGCGACUCAGACUCGGAUUCAGACUCGGACGAGGAAAUUACACCAGAAUACCUAGAGUCUCUCCUGAAUAAAGCACGUCAAACUGCACGGGAGGCCGCUGAAACGCGGAAGUCACAAACAUUGAUAGAACAAGUGGAGGAAGAGGUCAUCAAGCUGGAUGGAACAGAUGAAGAGCCACCAUUACCACCACUAGAUCCAGGUGCCCUCCCACCAUCCUACUUCAAAUUUGGCGAGAAGCGCCAUGAACCUCCGAGGGAAGUUCGUGACCCCGAUGUCGAACGAGUGACCGCCGCUACGGCCUCGGUCAGCCAGCCCGCACCUCCACCAGCCGUGCCGGACCAAAAGUUGACGAAAAAGGAGCGUAAAGCUCUCAAAAACAAGACAGCUGGCGCAGGCUGGUUCGACCUGCCCGCACCAGCAGAGGCCGACCUCCCCCGUCUUUACCGCGAAGUCGAAGCUCUCCGUCUGCGUAACCAACUCGACCCGAAGCGAUUCUACAGGCGCGACGAGGGAGAAGGCAAGGGCAUCAAAGGGCUCCCAAAACACUUUGCUAUCGGAACAAUUAUGCCGACAGACUCGCCUUUCGGCGGCGCGAGCGCGGACAACCUCGCCAGAGCCCAGCGCAAACGGACGUUCGUGGACGAGCUCCUGGACGAUGCGGAGUCGAAGCACUACGCCAAGAAGAAGUUCCAGGAGCUACAGACUGUCAGGGGCGCGAGGGGGAGGAAUACGCUGCACAACAAGAACGCGAAGCGGAAACCAAAGUGGUGACCAACAACCUUUGUGUGUAUCCAUCAUGUUUUGGUAUUGUUUUAGCUGUCGUCGGAAUAUGUCAGUUUACUCUGCCAUGGCCGACGUCAGGACACAUGUCGCAGUCGGUGUAAAAAUAUGGGACAUUGGUGAUCAGAUGACAAA